AUGGGAACGAAACGUUCGAUUGUCGACGUCGAGUCGCAAGAGGGAGGGGAUACGCCUGCGGACAAUCCUGGCUUUGCCAACAAGCGGAGGAAACAUUUUGGCACCGGAAAGCACAAGGCAAAAGAGGGUAGCUCAGAGUUCGCGAAGAAGAGAGUGCGGAACAUCCAAAGACUGCUGCAGCGCAACCAAGACCUCCCGGCGAAUGUCCGCAACGAUCUCGAGCGCGAGCUGGCCGCGCACGUGGCCGACAUUGGCGACAAGACCUUUCAGAGGAAGCGGAGCGCCAUGAUCUCCAAAUAUCACAUGGUUCGCUUCUUCGGUAUUUCACGCCCCACAACCGACCGUUUGAGGUCCUUGACUCGAACGUGUUGCCGGAUCACUGACAGGCGAGCAGAGCGAAAGAAGGCGUCUCGUCUGGCCAAGCAGCUAAGGCGCCAGAUCGACAAUGCUCCCGAUGGUGAAGAUGUCGAAAAAUUGAAGCAGCAGCUACACAUCGCCGAGGUCGACGAAGCAUACACCCUCUACCAUCCCCACGCGGAGUCGUACAUAAGCCUGUACGGCAACAUCAAGUCGGAGGCCGAGGGGGAAGAGAUUGCGAGCAAAAAACCCGUCGCGAAGAUGGCCCUCGAGGGUUCGCGGCCGCCAAUGUGGUCGGUGGUUGAGACGACGAUGGAGGAGGGGCAGGAGGCCCUGAAGCGGCUGCGGGAGAGGAGGUCGGCGGAGGACACAGCAAAGGGUGGCGAUGACAAGCUGAAACGGCAGGCGCCGAGGUCAUCGGCAAGCAAGCCAAAGGAGGACACGAAGAAGCAACGACAGUUGCCGCAGAAGCACGACGAGGGACGAAAGCACCACGGUAACAAGGAAGGCCAGGCUGGUGGAAAGACGGGCAAGACGGGCGAGACGGGCGAGAUGCCUGGCCUCAACCGUCGGGAGAGGCGACGGUUGAUGCGCGAGAAGGCCAUCAAGGAUGAUUCUGAUGAUGGCGACGGUGGCUUCUUCGAGGAGGGUUAA